AUGUUCAUGACACUUCCAGUGUCUACUGCCAAUGGAGAGCGAUCGUUUUCAACACUUCAUCGUUUGAAAACAUAUUUGAGAAAUUCUUCAGGACAAAUACGUUUAAAUGGUUUAGCCUUACUCAAAUAUAUUCAUCACGAUAUCAACAUGAAUAUCAAUGAUGUUAUAGAUGAACUUGCUAAAACAUCAAAACGAAAAAUGAAUAUACAUUUAUAA